AAUUCGGUUGUGGCUUGUGCAACAAGUAAAACCGUUAAAGUUGUUUGUCUGUUUUAAUCGUCCUACUUCAGUUUCAACCUAAGUUUAUGACUUAUUAAGUGAAAACGGUACUUAUUAAGUUUUAACGGAGUUACGGACAGAUUUCGAAAUUAUUGUUGUUUCACAGUUUUUCCCUUUUGACAUAACAUGGUUCGGCCAGGUCUUUUAACGGUGAAAGAGUCCCUUGAAGUGGCGAGAAUCGCCAAAAAAGAAGAAAGGAGGACGUUGCGCCAGUCGAUUUUAAACAGGCAGAGAAAUAUUCAAAUCAUCGAGGAAAAGUUGAAUCCAGAACAGCUCAAACAAAAAAAAAUAAAAGAAUGGAAAGAACUGAAGAAAAAGAGGCUUGAGGAGGAGAAAAAGAACAAAAAACCUCCGUUUCGGUCAUACAUAGUUGUGAGGCACACUGGCUUGUCACCUUUCAGAAAGCCAGAGCCUAAUUUAACAAAAGGUGCUGUUAAAAAUAAAAGAUCAGAUCAAAACAGUUCUCAGACGAAAUUACAAAUCCCGAAAAACAAAACGGGUUUUGCUCCAAAACUUAACCUUCCUCAGAUACCAUUCCCAAGUGUACAAGAGCGAUCUAAAAUGCCAGCUAAAAAUAUCAUCACAUUUGGUGGCAGUACAGAGGAAAAACAAAAAGCUAAUUCUAAAAAUCUGAACUCACACAGACCAAAUACAAGAACGGCAGCGAGUGGAAAGUUAUUACUAGCAAGUGAUCCUAAUCAAAGGCCAACGAGGACGGCAGCCAGUGGGAAAUUGUUCAUGGCAAAUGAUAAAGUUUUCCAGAGAACGAAAAGAACAGCAGCCAACGGGAAAUUGCUCACAUCAAAUGAUCAAACAACAGCCAGGAUUCUCCCUCAGAGGAAUGCUAAAAUUGCCAAAUCUAUAACAGCUCCUUUAAAGUGUUUACAAUUGACUGAAAUGCCAAUUGAUUCAAGCAAUAAUGGCAAAUUAAGUAGUGAUCAGAAGGAAAACGCCUGUGAUUCACAAGGGUUUCAACGAGGAAUACGACUCAGGACAAAAAACAAAUGAUAGUAAUUAAAAAAAGUUAAUUUUUCAUGCUUGUUUUAUCAUU